CCAACCUGUGGUAUGGAAAUUGCUUAACCGUUUCCUAGUACUAGAACUCUGCAAUCCCCACCAAACUCGGUCUUGAUUCCCCGUUAGGGUUUCUUUCUACUCUCUCACUUCCCCAUCCCUAUACAAAUCAAUUCUUCUCUCUGCGUUCUUGUUCUUUCUUCUUGAACACGCUCACAGGGAUUUCUAGUGUUUUUACUCUCUCUCUCUCUCUCUCUCUCUCUCUCUCUCUCUCUAGAGAUCAAACAUGUAUUGGGUUGCAGGUCCAUCAGAGAUCCUAGCCAUCACCGGCUGGGGAAUAGCAGACAUAAGUCUAGCAAAAAAGAAGUGGGUAUGGCCAGGCCAGAAGGUCAUACAAGUGGACAUCUCCCCCGUCAACUACACCUUCCAGGUCCAAGCCAUGAGUGCGGAAAAGCUCCCCUUCAUUCUCCCGGCGGUCUUCACCAUCGGCCCGCGCGUCGACAACGACGAGGCCCUGCUCAAGUUUGCCAAGCUUAUCUCUCCCCACGACAAGCAGUCGAGCCACGUCGUCGAGCUCGUCCAGGGCGUCAUCGAGGGCGAGACCCGCGUCCUCGCUGCGUCGAUGACCAUGGAGGAGAUCUUCAAGGGAACUAAAGAGUUUAAGCAGGAGGUUUUUGAUAAGGUGCAGUUGGAGUUGGAUCAGUUUGGGCUUCAUAUUUACAAUGCCAAUGUUAAGCAGUUGGUUGAUGUGCCUGGACAUGAGUACUUCUCUUACCUUGGGCAGAAGACCCAGAUGGAGGCUGCCAAUCAAGCCAGGAUUGAUGUAUCAGAGGCAAAGAUGAAGGGUGAGAUAGGUUCAAAGCAAAGAGAAGGCCAGACAACACAGAAUGCGGCUAAGAUUGAUGCUGAGACAAAGAUCAUAGCAACGAAGAGGCAGGGAGAGGGGAAGAAGGAGGAGGUUAGGGUCAAGACAGAGGUGCAGAUAUUUGAGAACCAGAGAGCGGCCGAAGUGGCGGAGGCCAAUGCUGAGUUGGCGAAGAAGAAGGCAGGCUGGGCCCAGUUGUCCCAACUGGCAGAGGUGGAGUCGGCCAAGGCUGUGGCCUUGAGGGAGGCUGAGUUGCAAAGGGCGGUGGAGCAGAAGAACGCGUUGACUCGAACAGAGAAACUCAAGGCUGAGCACCUGAGCAAGGCCAGUGUCGAUUAUGAAAUAAAGGUGCAAGAGGCAAACUGGGAGCUAUACAAGAAACAGAAAGAAGCUGAAGCAGUUCUCUUCAAGCAGCAAAAGGAGGCUGAAGCAAAGAAAGCAACCGCAGAUGCUGCGUUCUAUACCCAACAGCAAGUGGCAGACGGUGCACUCUACGCCAAGCAGAAAGAAGCCGAAGGAAUCGCCUCCAUCUCAGAAGCCCAAGGCCUCUACUUGAAAUGCCUCCUCAAAGAAGUCAAUGGAAACUAUGCUGCGCUCAGAGACUACAUGAUGAUCAAUAAUGGUGUGUUCCAAGAAAUCGCAAAGAUUAAUGCGGAAGCAGUGAAAGGGCUGCAGCCCAAGAUCAGUGUUUGGUCCGGUGCUAACGGGGGUGGUGAAAGUGGUGCUGUUGGCGGAAUGAAUGGAGUUGCCGGUGUUUAUAGCAUGUUGCCGCCGCUGUUUCAGACAGUGCAUGAGCAAACAGGGAUGCAGCCACCGGCUUGGCUUGGCACAUUGCCUAGUUCCAGUCAAUCCGUAUCUAACUAAAAUGUGUUAGUAAUUACUUAAUGUUAAGUUAAGCUUUUCUAAUCAUUCUUCAAAUAGGUCUAUAUGGGCUUUUGCCUAUAUGUGCAGGGGCAGGUUUAUAGCUGAGUAAUUAGAAGAAUUGCUGGUAGAUUGAGGUGACACAAAUUAAACAUGUAUAUGAUGAGUAAACUGGUUUAGAAAUUCUGGGCUGUUUCUUUUCCCCCUUCUCUCUCUAUAUGAGGUGCAAUUGCUUGUGAAAGCUUGAUCUUACACAUAUGAAUGCCCAUAUCUGUAAA